AUGGGUUCUGAAAAGUAAAUAAUUAUUUUCAUAUAAGACAUAAGAAAGAAAAGAAAGAGAAAAAAGAUAAGAAAGAAAAGAAAGAGAAAAAAGAAAAGAAAGAAAAAAAGGAAAAAAAAGAAAAGAGAGUAAUUGCAUCUUUUAUUAAUAAUAAUAGGAAUCAGAUGUAGGUAAAAAGAGAUCAAGAAAUGUGAGUAAAGAGAAAGAAAAAAAGAGAGAAGAAUUUUAAAAACCUAAACCAUCUAAUAAAACAAAUGCAGAAUAAUCAAGGGGGUAAUUACAAUUAAAUAAAUUGGAAGAUUUCGUUUUGAUUCUCCACCAAAGGAUCCUUUAUAAAAUACUCCUUUUUCAAAUUUCAAAAGCAAAUUAAUAGAUCAAGUGUCUUUGGGAGAGUUUGAGAGUAUUAAAUUGAAAUUAAUUUAGCUAUUCUUCCUGCAAAUCCUCUUUAAAAUCCCUUAGCUUCUUUAGAAGCACUUUAAGCAAUGACACCAUUAAUUUAAAUGCAAAGAUUAUAAUAAUUAAGAGCUUAAGCAGAUGUAAAGGCUGAUAGAAAACUAUAUGUUGGAAAUUUACCACCAAAUAGUCAACCAAAAGAAGUAUUAAUUUUAAUAGAUAUAUCAAAUAUAGCUUUAAGAUUUUUUAAAUUAAACAUUAUUAAAGAUGGGUGUUAGUUCUGAACAUGCAGGUUCUAUAUGUAAUUGUUGGAUUGAUUCAAAUGGUUUAAUAUUUUAAUUUUAUUUAUAUAGGACAUUUUGGUUUCAUUGAAUUUAGAUCUCCUGAAGAAGCUACAUAAGGUUUCAUUUUGAAAGAUGUAAUUUUUAAAGGACAUUAAUUGAAAAUUGGUAGACCAAAGUCAUUUUUAACUUCUUUAGCAGCUGUAAAUUAAUAAAUGAUGAGUGAAUAAGCAUGUAAUUGUGUAUUAAUAAAUUAAGUUAAUCCUUUGAGUAGCAUGAAAGGAAAUGAUAAAGACUCAUCUUCACUUAUUAGUUUUAGACCACUUAAGUUAAUGGCUAGAUAUGUGUAAAUACCUACUAAUAUUUUAGUUAUUAAAAAUGUCUUGACUCUUGAAGAUGUUUAAUAUUUAUACAAUAUAUAUAGGUUACAAUAGAUGAAGAAUUUAAUGAUAUAAUGGAAGAUAUAAAAGAAGAAUGUUCUAAAUUUGGAACUGUUAAAAAUAUUAUUAUUCCAAGACCUGAAUUUGGUAAAAUAAUUGUUGGAGUUGGCAAAAUCUUUGUAGAAUAUGAAAAGACAUAAGAAGCUAGAACUGCAAGAAGAUAUCUGGCUGGUAGAAUGUAUGGUGAUAAAACUGUUGAAUGUGAAUAUUUAUAAAGAGAAAAGUGGGCAAAAAGAUAAUUUACAGAUCUCAAUGAGGAUAUUUUAAGAGAUAGAGAAGAACAAUAAAGAUUGGAUUAAUUAGAAUAAGAAAGAAUAAAAAAAUAAAUGUAAGAAGAAAUGUUUCAAGGGAAUUGAU